AUUGUAAUAUAAAUGUACUGCCACGUAUAUGUAUGUAUAUUAUGUAUGUUAUGUAUUUGCUGUGAUGUUUCCUGUUUGGUACCCAAGAAGAGUAGCUAAUUACGAAUCCUAAUUAAUACUAAAUCUGUGGCCUUAUUUGACCUUAUUUGGUCAUAUUUGACCUUAUGUGACUCUACUGUCUUACUUGGAUGGACACUACAUGUACAACUGGUUAGGGUGUGGGUUACCAUGGUGAUGUGUGUAUAAGUCCAUGGAGGUACAGAUCAAAGGGCCGAGACUCCUCCUCCUCCUCAUUUGACUAGGCUUUGCUGAAGAGAUCCACUGGUUUCAUUGGAGAGAUCUUCAUUUGAUUGGAUAUUACUUCUAGUGUAGGAUAAACUAAAUACUUUGCUGACACUAUUGGAGGAACAAUGCGUUUCAGUUCAAAUGUAAAGCAGUUGGUUCUCCUUCUCAUUGUUGGAAUCUUCUUGCUUCUGGGGUAUGUUCACUACAGCUUCUUCAAUGAAAGGCUCAAUGGGGUUUGGUUUGAGGCUUCCAACAGAGAUAUCCCAGUUGAUGAGGACCAGAGGAACACCAGCUUGAAUAAGCCCAUAUUCAGGAGCAGAGUACAGAACAUCAUCUCUCCAGAAAGGCUAUUGUACAAGCAGCCCAGUGUCUUGGUGGGUCGUACUGAUGUGAUGGCAGUCACCCCAUGGUCGGCACCCAUCAUCUGGGAAGGAACCUUUGACCCUGACCUCAUCGACAUAAUCUACAAGUCCAUGAACCUCACCAUAGCAACCACAGUGUUUGCCGUUGGAAAAUACGUCCUCUUUCUCCGAGAUUUCCUGGAGACAGCAGAGAAGCACUUCAUGGUCGACUUCAACGUGCGCUACUAUGUUUUCACAGAUCGUCCCGACGAUGUUCCAUCAGUCAACAUGUCCCAGGGGAGACAUUUGAGUGUGAUCCAGGUCCCAGGUUCAAACCGCUGGCAGGAGAUAUCAGCCCGGAGGAUGGAGAUCAUCCAGACAGCCAUCGAACGUCACAUCAGCAGGGAGGCUGACUACAUCUUCUGUCUGGACGUGGACAGCAAGUUCCACGCUCGCUGGGGGGCCGAGUCUCUGGGCAGGCUGGUUGCUGUGAUUCACCCAUGGUUUUACCAGGCGACCCGAGACCACUUCACAUACGAACGGCGUCCAGCCUCGACAGCCUACAUCCCCAUGGAUGAGGGAGACUACUACUACGCCGGGGCUGUGUUCGGAGGGUUCGUGGAGGAUGUGUACACACUAACAAAGGUAUGUCGUAACCAGCUUGAAGAGGACGCGAGGAAUUCCAUCGAGGCUGCCUGGCAGGAGGAGAGUCACCUCAACAGGUACCUGCUUUACAACAAACCCAGCAAGCUGUUGUCUCCAGAGUACCAGUGGGACGACAAGAAGACCAACACCAACGAGGUCAAAGUCAUUCGCUUCUCUUCUGUCAUUAAAAACUAUGCUGAAAUUCGUCCCAAUGUAUAGGACUAGGAAUUGGAUAUUCGACCGGCAGAAGAAAAACUUAAUUGGUUAUGGUUAAUGUUAGGUUAAGUUCAGGUAUAGCUUCACUGAUGUUUGAGUUAAGGUUAGGGAAAGGCAUAAAAGGUCACAUUGGGUAUACAGCUGUCCGGCGCCGUUCAUUUUCUGUUGGUGAAAUAUAUACACUGACAUAAAACACAUUUUAAAUGUACUGUAUAUCAGUCACUGCUGUAGUUUGGGGAUCAUAACGUUCUUCACUUAGAGGAAAAUAUAAUUGUUUCAUCCUGUAUUCUGUAGCCUAUCUACUGUGUAUGUUGAUUACU